CUGAUGUUUGUUCUCAGAAAUACAUUUUGAUCUGAGUAUAAUUUCAGUUGUAAUAGUAUUGUAUUAUAUUUGUUAGGAGGCUUUAGGUUUGCAUUAGAUUUUAGACAAAGCUUCUGCCGGGUUCCGGACAGAUUUCUCAAAUGGCAUCUUGUAUUGUCUACCUUUGACUUCUAUCAAUAUUCAUCGAUUCAUUAUUUUCCUUGAUAGCAUUUGUAACGGGAUUAUUAGACUAGCGUUUUAGGAUUGUCACGAAUAACGAUCAUAAUGAAUAGAUCUUGAACGUCACCGUACUAUCGACAACACACGUCCAGCAAAAACGUCUUCAGUCUUGGACGCAAGGGCGCUCAACCUUACAGCUGGCGACUCAAAUACUGCGGAGUUAAUUCGUAAAAGUUCUGUCAUCUUGCAACCUGUUUGGAUCAUAUAUAUAUAUAGAUAUAUAUGCAUAUAUGAACGUUCUGAAUAUUAACUUAAAGUCGCAGACGUGGUUUGAUAAGUUGAACGAGAAGCGCUGUGCCAGACGCCAGUGGAAACUAUACUUAUCACCUGCUUUAGAACUAACUUAAAAAUCUGGGUUUUUUUUGAGAAUGGAAUUGAUAGUCUCGGAUAUCGUACUUCUAGUCAUAUCAGGUUUGGUUGUUCUGGCUAACGGUUUCGUUUGCGGCUUGGUCAUCACUCGUAAAAAGUUGCGAACGUAUACGAAUGGGUUUGUCGUGUCUCUGGCCGUGUCUGAUAUCUUAAGCGGAGGAAUAUUCAUGCCUACUUCGGUCCUCAUACCUGAAUCAAGGAUUAACGGACAUAUAGCAAUGGUAGUCAUCGCUUCAAGCACGUUGAAUCUUAGCGCGGUUGCCUUUGAACGCUACCUCGCUGUCGUCCGACCAUUAGCCUACAAGAUUACGAUACAAAACUCUUUUAUUCGUCUGGUAUGUGCAGUUUGGAGUGUUGCUACUGUAAUGUCCAUUCUCCCAGUCAUUUGGGACGCAAAAUCCAACCUUUUAGUGCACAAAAUCUACUUAUCCUGUGCGGUGGUGUUAUUUCUUGUCGUUCCUCUUAUAUUCAUCUUCUUCGUCUAUUCUUUCAUCUUCAUGAGGCUUCGCCGGCAUGGACGUAUCCUCCGUAAUCUGCAAGCGACGAGAACGCGACUUGACGAAGCUAGAAGAAGCCGCCGUGAGUCCAAAACGGUGAAGCUGUUUUUUACAAUACUGGCAGUUUUCGGUGCUUGUUGGAUACCGGUGAUAUAUAUGACGUUUGUAGUUGUUGCUGAAAGAUUUGACCUCAUCCCCCUAUAUCUACCAGUAGUUUCGCACUUCAGUAUAAUGGUGUCUUCAUUUGUCAACCCGUUUCUUUACACAUUCAUGAAACAAGACUUCAGGCAAGAGGUUACCUCUCUUUUCUUCUGUAAACUGUUUAGGCGGGAUUCGGGAGAAUCGCGUGAGGCGACGGGAAGCAUUGUUUUAUAUACAAAGGCUUGUACACCUUAUGGAGGCAACGAAGAAAACGUAUGAGAAAACUUAAUGAAACAAAGUUUGAACUAAUCUAAAAGAUUCCAAACUUAGACAAGUGGUUCUAGAAGCUUUUUUCCAAAGAAACAAAUGAACAUACAUAAAUAUAUGUAUAAAAAACACCGAGAUAUCUUGCCAUAGUUAGUGUAUAAUAUAGUCUUACCAGCAGGGAGUAAAAGAACUAAAAGCAUUUAAUAUAAAUAACACUUUUAGAAUUUCCCUUCGAAUACGCCUUAAGUUUUAAGUAGAGGAACAAAUGAGUGCAAAUUAUCGAAUUUAAAUAUUCGAGUCGUUCACACGAUCGCUUAAAAGUCGGGAAUCAAUAGAUUUGCAUGUCGCAUCAGUUAUUAAAUACGUAAGAUUUCUUUUCUUUUAUGAUGUAAAAAACUAGUUUAAAAUUUGACGACGAAAUAUAAACAUGUUGGUCAUCUCAAUAGGUUCGGAAGACUAAACCGUUUUUUGAAAUCGACCUUAAAUUCAUUUAAAAGCUAUAAAAUUAAGAUCACUUUGCUCUUUUUCAAGAUCUUGCCUUUUGAUCUCUUAAUGUUAUAUUCGGUUGUCGUACCUGUUCAGAUUUUACUUAUAACCACUUCGAAAGCCAAUUACGGUAAUUAAUUUUGAUGAAGAGUCUUAGUAAUACCGAUAUUGCUAUUCUCUUUGAAAAACAUAGCAAAGAGCGUUAAACGACUUCAAGGUGUGAACAAUCUUCUUCGAGAACAAGAUUUAUUUGUCUACAUUAUGCGGUUUUAAUCGAAAGUUCUUGCGGCCUCUCGGUUUUGAGAAGGAUAUUACACCGUUUAAUCCUAUCAAACUACUUAAUUUAUUCCUUAAUUUUAUUUCAUAAAUAAAUUUGUUCACGUAAAGCAGCAUUCCAGAACCCGUUAAACCGCACACUAUACCUUACCGCAAGUGAUCGGUAACUCUAAUUUUCAAUUAAAAGAACUUUCUACUUCGGUCGAAUUUGAAGCUUUUAAGAUCAAUAUAAGAACUUGCUGAUUGAGUUCGGAAGGAAAAAAAGUCCAGAGCUGAAAUUCGACUGGAUCAUGGUUAUGAAGACAAUUAACAAGAUGACGCGAAAAGCAUAGAUUUGUCGGCAACGUCAAAAUUGGUUUGUGCGAAACCGAUAUUCUUAAUUAAUUAGACUUCCUUAUUCAACUAAAUCAGAAUAGUGCAGAUAGAUUGAAAAACGAGGAUUAAAACACAGUUUGUCAGUAAAA